AUGACUACUUCUACGGAUUCAAAUCAUCCAUUCAUCGAGACGUUGGGACUUACUAGUGAUGAAUUCACGAGAGAGCAGGCAUUUGUGACGGAUGGAACUUUGACGGUGGGAAGAAACGCUUCCUUGACCUUGGGAACCGAUUCUUUAAUUGUGCUGGAUGAGGCUUUUGAGAAGGGGACUGCGACUUGUUGUGGACUUUGGCCUUUUGGUUCGAGUUCUGCGAAUACGAGACCAAUUCCUUUUUACAAUGUCCUCUCGGCCGAGAUAUCAGAUACGAAUGAGCUUUCCAUUCGAUACGCGACGCCUACUUCGAAGAAAAGGGUACAACCCACAGAGCUGAAAUAUGCGGUGGAAUCACACUCUAAAGAAGAAGUAGAGAAAUGGAUAGCGAAAUUACUGGAUCGAUCGUAUGGCGAAUCGCAACAAGGAAAACGUGCGAAAGUCCUGGUGAAUCCUCAUAGUGGCAAGGGAAAAGCGCAAAAAUACUAUGACCGCGAUGUGGAACCGCUUCUGAAGGCAGCACGCUGUAGUAUCGACGUAGUGAAGACGAAAUUUCAAGGGGAGGCGGUUACGAUAGUCGAAGAUAUGGAUAUUGAAGCGUAUGAUAUGGUUGUCUGCUGCUCGGGGGAUGGAUUGGCGCAUGAGGUUUUUAAUGGCCUCGGGAAAAGACAUGAUGCGAAAAGAGCUCUAUCGAAAAUUGCGGUGACGCAUGUACCAUGUGGAAGUGGCAAUGCUAUGAGCAUGAAUCUUAGUGGGACGGAUAGUGCGAGUAUGGCUACUUUGGCCAUUAUCAAAGGAAUUCCCACGCCUCUAGAUCUCAUAUCGAUUACGCAAGGAGAGACACGAACGAUUAGUUUCCUAUCCCAGUCUGUAGGAAUUGUGGCCGAGGCGGAUUUAGCUACGGAAAAUAUGCGGUGGAUGGGAUCUACACGUUUUACCUAUGGAUUUCUAGAGAGAAUUAUUGGACAGGCACUUUAUCCUUGUGAUAUUGCCGUCAAGGUUGCGAUAGAAGAUAAACCCAGUAUAAGAGAGCAUUAUAGAAAGGAGAUGAGCAAUCACGAACCAGCAAGCGAGAGAAGAGGAUACAAAUACCUUUUAGAUGAUGAUGCUUCGGCUAGUAGCGGUAUGGAUGAUGGAUUACCUCCGUUAAGAUAUGGUACUGUAAACGAUAAAUUGCCGGAUGGUUGGGAAAUGGUUCCAUAUGACAAACUGGGGAACUUCUAUUGUGGAAACAAGAUGGCAUACAUGGCCUCAGACGCUAGUUUCUUCUCUGCUGCUCUUCCAAACGACGGAUACAUGGAUCUGAUCUGUAUCAAUGGCGACAUAAGUCGCCUCUCAGCCAUCAAGAUGAUGCUAUCAGUGGAAUCCGGAAAACUAUUCGAUAUACCCAAUGUAUGGUACCGCAAAAUCCUCGGAUAUCGAAUCAUUCCGAAGCAGAAGGGCGAUGGGUACAUAAGUAUCGACGGGGAGAGAGUUCCUUUUCAACCGUUUCAGGCGGAGGUACACAAGGGAUUAGGUACGGUACUCUCGAAAACGGGACACAUGUAUGAGUGGCGUGGUCCUGUUUGA